AUGUUUGCAAUUGAUUUCUGGAAGCGACAGAAACUCUUCGAUGGCAGCCAGUCAGUGACGGUACAUUCCAUCGCGCCGGAAGACACGAGCAUCAUUUCAUCGACCAAAGACCGCAGCGAACGCGUCUCUGAACCGCGCUCUCUGCUGCAAAAGCGCCGAACUGGCUCAAGUCUUUCUCGCCGCUCACUCGACUUGCAGACUGGCGUCGUGACCUGCACCGAGCCGCGCCGUCGAGCUUCGCUGCCUAGCAAGUCUGCAGAGGUUUCCAUUGAAAUGGAGAACCUCACUUCGUCAUCCAAGGAGUCUGACAACGGCGGCACCAAUCGCACCGAGGCCAGCGAUCCGGCAACCAAAAGGCAGACGAGAUCUCAUUCCCGCCGGCACAGCAGAGCAGACUCGCACGACUCCAGCAUGAUGCCUUCUGAAGGUCCCAACACCGCUUACAAGGUCACCACCGGCGAAGACAGCAACAUGGCGAGUGAUGUUCCUCGCAGUCUCCAAAUCCGCAAAAACGUGGCUGCGCUGAGCCCAUCGCCAGGUCUCAGUCCCAACAACCCACUCCCACAGCUGCCUCCACGUAGCCCAGCGAGAAGGGAUGGAUUCGAGUCUCAAUCACCACAACAGAGUCCAGUCUCACCCAUCAACCUCAGUAGGCUCAUCCCAGCUCCACAAAGACACAUCCAAGCUCCACGGUACCAGGACCAGCCACCGAGACACGCAACCAUGAAGGAGCGCCUCGAAUUCGCUAGAAGCCGCGCUCCGUCGCCACCCAUUGACGAUGAGUCACAGAAGGUCGCGAUUCGCCCGCCGAUGUACGAUUCCACCAAAGGACUCCAUCAGUGGACCUCCACUCUUCCAUCGACCAGCAGACCAGACAUGGAGUGGGAGUGGCCCAGACGGUGGACUUGCUGCCGCUGCGAGGCGACUACGAUUGUUGAGCAAAAAGUGUGUUCGCACUUGGACUGUGGGCACUAUCGAUGUCCACUUGAUUGCCAAAUGAUCAGAGUCGCACGUCCGCUGGGACAGUUUGUCGGAUAUUGA